AUGGUGAAGCCCUUCCCGAAUGAGAUAUGGUUGAGCAUCUUCAAAGGCCUGGCCAAGGAAGGCGAGUACGACGCGUUGGAACGAUGCAGGGUGGUGUGUAGAGAGUUCCAGCCGAUGGCACGGGAGUGCCUAGGGACUUGCAUAACAUUCGAGAAUGCAGAGGAGGUGGAGCAAAUCAAGGUGGAUGCUUCUGGUGGUGGGUUACGACGCUGGGGUGGGCCACAGGGGGUGAUCAUCACAGGCGGGAACAGCGAAGAUGUGUGCCGACCGAUCCCGCAUCUGGCGACGUUUACGUCGAGGCUCGUUGGGAGAUGGCCCGGCGUCGAGUGGCUGAAAAUUACCAACGCGGUAUGGCGGACGCAGGAUCUCGGUCUGGACGCUGUCUUGCGCGAUCUGGCCGUCUUCUCGAUCUCCUACCUCGACCUCAGGCAGGUCACCUUGCCGUCGAUAUUGACGCUUGGCCGCAUCGUCUGUGUCUUCCCACGCCUCAAGCAGCUCUCUCUCAAUGAUGUGAAAUUCACUCAGAAUCCCUUUGACGCAGGCACUCUCUCUCGAUUCCAUCUUCUGCCGCACAUACAGCUGGAGAGACUCUGGCUCGAUCAUGGGCACGACGGUGCAGAACCGAGACCUUCCUUCGUUGAGUUGGUCGACCUCAUGACUGCCAUCAGUAACAGGAGAUGCCCAGUCGCUCCCCUCAAUCUUGCGCAGGCGUCCCCUUGGAGCGCCGUUCGAAGAUUGGCACUCGGCAAAGUGACGUUUCCCUCGGUCACGACCUUUGCUCGUCUCUUGUGCGCUCUCCCUGCACUCGGAACACUCGAAUUAUGGGGAUCAUGCGCGUUCGUGAAACACGGCUUUGACAUCAAAAGUGUUCCUGUACACCCUGGCUUGCCAUCCCAAUUAGCAGAUGUCCAACUGAUAGAGGACUUCAGCAUAGGCUCCGACCCUUGCUCUGUGGCUGACCUGGUUGAGCUUUUCAUCGCCACUGGUGUCAGCGAGAAUCUUCGGCACAUCAAGGCUUGCUUGUCGCCGAUUCUUCGGGUAGCAGACGAAGUCGACGUCGCCCUAAGCAGACUCGUCAGACAUUCAGCACCAUCGCUCCGCCACCUGUCACUCGACUCGUCGUUACCCUGUUCGAGAUCGAACGACAAGUAUGUAUUGGUACAUGCAGACCACAGUGCGGCCCCAUACUUCGAUAUUUCUGAGAAUGCAUGCCUCGAAUACCUUGAUCUCACAGUUGAAGUCGCCCACGAAAGCUUGUCACAUUUGUGUGCACCGGUGGUCGAGAUCCUAUCACAGGUCACUUCCACGCAUAUAUCCGUGAUCCAAGUGUAUUUUAGCCAUUAUUAUCAGCCCAGCGCAGAGCUUGACGUAUAUCUGGGAAAGCUAAUCGAUGAGCUUCCCCAGCUCGAUGCCGUCCUCGCUGGGCCGAUCUUCAACGGCCUCAAUAACGUUGUCAUAAGCGUGGGAAAACAAGGGGUAUGGUAUGAACGAGAUGAGUGGGAUGCACGAGAUGAAGCAUCAGCGUAUGGCCUUAGAUUAUGCUUUCCAAGGCUUGAUGCCCGCGGUAUUCUUGGCAUAGGGUUCAAUGGCAUCCUCCUGUCCAGGAUUGGAUUGGAUUGCGACGAAGACACGGGUGAAUUGAGACAUCGCGGGAUCGAGAGGGUCGCCGCACAGGACACUGUGGCAGCCAAUGCAGGGACUAGUGCUGAAGACGACAGGCGUACCAAUAUUGCUGCCACAGGUGCAAUCCCGCAUGAAGCAGCCACCCAUGUCGACGCUCGAGGACUUCCCUCGUCGAAUACAGGGAAUGCACGAGUACCUGCCGAAUUUGAGUGCGGUGACGGAAAUGUACCGUCCGAUGUAACGGCCAGUCCGGGAACAUCCGUAGUCAAAUCUCUGCCCUACGACCAUGUGAGCCUACAAAUGGAGACAGAGAUCAAGUCCCUUGCGUGGUUGUCCUACGUGGCCGAGUAUGAGACUGUCCCUUGGGGCCCGGGCUGA